ACAGUUUGGAGGCAGAGCCACAGGACGUCUCCCUCAACAGCGAACCCGAACCAGGUACAUACCCGGUGAGAAAACCCCGUUUGGACCUCGGACACUUGAACCCACCCAUAUUUGUGCUAUUCUGGAGACUUCCUUGGCUCACGGAGCGUCAUGUAGCUCCGAGACACACCGGAUACGACAGCCGUUACCAGGCGCGAGACUUCCGCUGAGGACUGAGGAGCCCGGCUGAGGGGAAACUGCUUCAGUCGAAUCGAUAUCUACUGCAAAGCGUCGGCAUGUAGCAGCUCAGUGUGUGUUCAGGCCAUCGACCAUGAAGAAGCGAGCCAACAAGGUGCUGGAGGAGGAGGAGACCUUGUGCUGCUGCGAGUAUGUGAACAGACUCGGAGAGCGCAGCCAUGUGGCAGCUUGCUGCUGUGACUGUGAGGACCUGGAUGAUGCCUGUGACAGGUUUCUGAAGAGGGAGCCUCAGAAGCCUGAGUCCCUGUCAAGUUUGGCCGCAGUUGUCACAGACCGUAUUCGUGUGCCCUGGCUGUGGGGUGGAGCCCGAAAAGUGGAACUGUCCGUCAUCCCUCCUCUUAUUCUCCUUCCUGUCCUGCUGCACCUCGCUGCCCUCCACUUCCUGCUCGGCAUGGUGACUCUGACAGCUCUGCCUGGCCUGGUGCUGUGGUAUUACUACUUCACCCAUCGCAAGAAGGGACAGACACUCUUCUUCCUCAGCCUGGCCCUCUUCUCCCUGGCGUACAUGUACUACUUGUUCAUCACUGAGGUGUUUCCCCGCAGGGAUGUUGGCCUGGUCCAGUUAGUGGUGGUAACCUUAGGGGUCAUACUCACACUGGCAGCCCUUUUCCACACCAAAAGAGAACCUGGCAUUGUGCGGCCAAACCAGGAGUCCGUUCACAGCACAGUGACAUACUACAGCCCUCUGGCAGACAGGGACCCUGCCGUCAAUGGCGGGAGGCAGGAUGUGACGAUGACAGUAUCCAACCGGGCGGGAUCGCCGGAGCAUGCAGGGAUGGAGCAGAAGGAAACCAGCCGAAGAAACUGGUGUCCGGUGUGCAGGGUGGUGCGGCCCCCAAGGGCGGGACAUUGUCGGAUCUGUGGUGUCUGCGUGCUGCGUCUCGACCACCACUGUGUCUGGAUAAACAGCUGUGUGGGGCAGGCCAAUCACCGCAGCUUCCUGCUUACGCUCGUCCUCUUCCUGUCGACGUCCUUGUACGGGAUCACCCUGGUGCUGCAGAGUGUGUGUCCGAACCAAUACCUCCUCACUGCCUUGCUCUACUGCCCCGGGGUCUACGACCAGUACAGCACUGCACUUUGCUUCACCUGUGCGUGGUACAGCAGCAUUGUGACCUGUGGGCUGCUCCACCUGCUGCUGGUGCAGGUCAUCAACGUCAGCUACAACGUAACCGAGCGCGAGGCCCGCACGGCCCUGCGAGACAAAACCGCUCGCAGCUCCUGCUGGGGACUCAUCGUGGACACCGGCGUCUACUCCCGAGGUUUCCGUGGCAACUGGGCAGAGUUCAUGACCAUGGGAGAUAAACUGAGUCCACCCUCUCCCGUCCCAACAGACCUGGUUGCCUUGCUGGGAGUCGGCGUACAAGAGAAUACAUAUGAGACUGAGUAAUCUGUUCUGACAUUCUCUCUGAGUACGGCAUCAGCAACAAGAUGGUGCCUCUGGAGUUGGUCAGUCCUGCACAAAACAUUGUUCAGAGGUGUUCAGUGGUCUCUGCACACUUUGUCCUCCACAAACACUUAUCCACAGUGUUCACAAAGCAGGGUACCUCCUUGUAAUUGAAAUGUCAUGGAUAUUUAUCACAGAUGAAUGAAACAUCUCAGCACAAGCCACAUAAUCAGGAUAAUUAAAGUUCUACAGCAUGUCAUUGCAUUAAACACAAUGAACGAUUGGAUGGUUAUAAAUGUGAGUAGUUACCUUUAUUCUCUUGAGCUGUUUCAAACUGAAUUAAACAGCUGUGAACAUGUGACAGAAGCAAAUAAAUCAACGCACAUUAAUGUCCUUGAGAAGUUAGUGUUUUACACUGUUGCUGCUUUUAUUGAAGGGACUGAAAGCUCCUUGUUUUGGUAUCCUAAAAAUUGUAUGGGUCCAGUUGUGUCUUUGUAUGAAAUGUAUUUUAUUUAUUUUUAUUAAAUGAAUGUGAGAAAGG